AUGGAUUUGGAGUCCGCUACUCCUGAGCGGCCCGCUAAGCGAGUGCGGCAAGCUUGUGAGCCGUGCAGGCGGAAAAAGGCAAAAUGCCCUGGCGAGCAGCCAGCUUGCUCUCUUUGUGCGCGGUUGAAUCAAACAUGCACCUAUGCUGGAGAGCACCGAAGGCCAUUGGCCAAUGGUCUUAAUCAUUCAGGAGAAUCAAUCUCUGGCGUUCCCACCUCGGAGGCCAGAAUCUCACAGAUAUUGGAAGAUCGUCUGGGAAUCUGGGAAGUUAAGAUGAGCGAGUUCCUUGACACCCUGGAGCGAAACGCACAGGGUCACGCUCGACAGAACACAGCAACUGACGGCCUAAUUUCCCUGGCCCCUUCUUUGAAUUAUUCGGCACCGAAUGCACUCACUCCACUACCCAGAUGGGAGAAGGUAGUGUCAAUAGCAGAGUUAUACUUGCAAUACUGCGACUCUCAGCCUCUCCCUUUGUUCCACAGGGACAGCUUUCUGAGAACAUUGCCAACUCGUGAUCCAGAGAUAAUCUUUGCUAUCUUAGCCUUGAGUGUACGGUUUUCAGAUGACGAAGCGUCAAGUCCUGAUGAACUCCCGUCUCUCAUUAAUGGCUAUACGGAAGUGGCUAGAGGUCUGGUCAUGAAAAGGGUUUCGGAAGGACCAGUUGAACUUUCCACACUCCAAAGCUUGUGCCUACUAAGCCUUGUUGACUUUACCAACGGAAACACACAUCGCUCAAGUAUUCAUUGUAGUCUGGCAAUGAACCUGGCACAGUGUGCCAAUCUGGGCUCGGAAUCGCCUUCGUCACAUUUCUCCUUAACACGUGAAGAACGUAGGCGCUGCUUCUGGAGCAUUUAUCUGCUGAAACGUAUUCAUGGUGUUGACGUUGAGAACUUGGAUUCUCCGGAGGAAAACUUCCCUCCUUUCCCCGAGAGUCCGAAGAGGCCUCCACCGCCGAAUUCUCUAAUUGAUGCGGCCGAUGAGACUCGGUCAUCAGGAAUGCAUGAUCAGGGUAUCCUCGCGUACAUGAUAAUGCUCAGUGGUGUUUUCGCAAAAACUGCCAAGUAUGUCCGCCGUCAUGGGAAGCCCGGGAAAUUGCCUCCUUGGUCGUCCGAAUCAGAGUACUCGGAGAUCCUGGCUGCUCAAAUGGACCUUGAGACUCAGAUGCCCUACGUUCACAGGUUCAAGCCAGCUAGCCUAGAUGAAAGGACACUGGAAGCGCUUCAGGCAAGAAGAGACUACUGGGGUCCGUGGCUGUUGAACCAAUUCUUAUAUCACACAAUACUAUGCCUGGUCAAUCACCCGCUUCUCCUUUCGCUUAGUCUUAGGAACUUUCGAAGUACCAUUCCUGAGAUAUUUCUCCAGCAUAGCUCGGAUCUCAUUUCAUCUCACACAACAUGGAUCAUACAUUUUAUCAACUUUUUCGAAGAGCGGUGUUUUACGAUCUCGGACCCGUUCCUGGGAUACAGCGCUGCUGUGGUAGCUACAAUCGAAUUGCAGCUUAGUUUUACCGAGAAUGCUGUUAUUCGUGAUGACAAGCGGGACCGUUUCUACAGGUGUGUCAGGUUUGUGCAGAAGCUGGGGCAAAAAUGGCCUCAUAUGGCACGAUUGGCGGACAGGCUACAGAAGUUGGAGGAUGCUGUGUCUGCAUCCUAUCAGCCGGCCUCGGGCUCACAGAGUAAAUAUCUCCUCAUAGACCUGUCCCGCUUCUGGGAGAUCCUCGAAUACUCCUCCAACAGUGACACCGACUCAGCUCGCCGCAUGUUCGGGGACUCUUUGUACUCUGAGCCUCCUACAAUCGCGGCUGAAGUAUCUCAAACAUCUCCCUUACCUGAACCAUUUCGCCUGAAUUCUCACAACACGUCAGCGUCAUCACCAAGCUCACAAUUCAAUCUGCCUACUUCGCUCCUCGUUGGCGGACAAGAUCCAAUGGGGUCUAUGGGUUCAUCUCGGUCGCCCGACCCAAUGAAUGACGAAUUCUCGAUCUUGGCCGCGAAUUUCUUCUCUCAAGCUCAAGACUUUUUGCCGAGGGGUGAUGGCAGAGAUGGUUUCGGUCACCUCUGA